GGCCGCCACAGGUUCCGCGGAAGAAGCGCGCGCGAAGACCGACACCGCACACCUUAUUUCUGUGAGCGACUGUGUCGACCAAGGAGGCAUGAAUCUCAACGUGCUGGAGAGAGACAACACAGGCCGCUAUCGUCUGAACUCGCCUGUGCCUGCGGUGUGCCGCAAGGAGCCCUGCGUCCUGGGCGUUGAUGAAGCUGGCCGGGGCCCGGUGCUGGGCCCCAUGGUAUAUGCAAUCUGUUACUGCCCCCUAUCGCAUCUGGCAGAUUUGGAGGCCCUGAAAGUGGCAGAUUCAAAGACCCUGUCAGAGAACGAGCGGGACAGGCUUUUUGCGAAAAUGGAGGAGGACCGAGACUUUGUGGGCUGGGCACUGGAUGUGCUCUCUCCGAACCUCAUCUCUACCAGCAUGCUUGGGCGGGUCAAAUACAAUCUGAACUCCCUGUCGCAUGAUACAGCUGCUGGGCUGGUGCAGUAUGCCUUGGACCGGGGUGUGAAAGUCACCCAGGUAUUUGUGGACACUGUGGGAAUGCCAGAAAAGUACCAAGAGCGACUGCAGCAGCACUUUCCCGGCAUUGAGGUGACAGUCAAGGCCAAGGCAGAUGCCCUCUACCCCGUGGUCAGCGCUGCCAGCAUCUGUGCCAAGGUGGCCCGAGACCAGGCUGUGAAGAACUGGCAGUUUGUGGAAAAAUUGCAAGAUUUGGACACAGAUUAUGGCUCAGGCUACCCCAAUGAUCCCAAGACAAAAGCCUGGUUGAAGAAGCACAUGGAGCCUGUGUUUGGCUUCCCCCAAUUUGUCCGGUUCAGUUGGCGUACAGCCCAGAGCAUCCUGGAGAAGGAGGCAGAGGAUGUUAUCUGGGAGGACAUGCCAGCAGGGGAUCAGGAGGGACUUGGGAGGAUCACAUCCUACUUCAGUGAAGGCCCCCGAAUUCGUCCCCGCCUCCCCCACCGGUUCUUCCAGGAGCGUGGCCUAGAGUCAGCCACCACUCUAUAGGCUUCACCUUGUACCCGUUUACCUACCUCUGCUUCUCCACCCCAAUUUGUGAUUAAAAUUGUUUAAAGAAAGCCAAUCUUGGGGGUUAUGCUUUGGGGCUGACUUUUGGAACUUAAAUAGGAUGUGUGGGUCACCUUCCCCUCGGUGCUUAAGUUCAGCCUGAACAACAUUUAGUAGACAGGAGAGGUCUGCUGCAUCAUGUGGGUUAGCUCCCUGGCUGGGAUUGAACUUAUGCUGCAGUGCCUGCUGAUAGCUUCAUAGUACUGAAACUUAACCCCUGAGCCACCUGGGAGGCUCCUAAAAUAUAUUUUAAAUAUAUGUAUUUAUUUAUUUAUACAAGCACUGGGUACAGUCAGAAGCGCGGGAGGGUGAGAGAAUUCACCAGAGCCUGAGCGGGGAACAGGACAGGCAGAUGAAAUGCACUGCCGAGGGGAGCAGUGGGCAUGGCAGGAGAUCGAACUGGGGGUCGAACCGGUGCUGCAGAGG